GCGUGCACGGCGAGGCUCCGACAUCCGACGAAUCCAGUGUGGUCGGCAGCUUCUCCAGACGCCAACAUCUACCAGCACGAGGUGGAAACGCCAUCGCUAGCACCGCUGUCGCGCGCGAUGGGAUGGGCGCAGGUCGGCCUGGCGGAGGCAAGCGGAGCGGUAGCCCUGAGAGACGAGGACCAGCAGAUGGGGCAGCAGGGCUUGGGUGGAACACCGACUUCUCCUGAGGUGGAUCAGGGUGCUGGUCGGCUGCAGGCCGGCAACGGCAAGGGAUGGCUCGUGGAGGCCAGCAACCGCGACGUGGAUGUCAAUGCCACGUGGAAUUUCGAUGGCAGCGGAUGGUUCGCGAAGCGCGACGGGCCCGCGCUGCUGAAGGCCGGCGGGGGC